AUGGAGGGACAAGGCGGUUGCAGUGGAAUGAAAAAUAAGACGAGUAGUGAAACACAAAGCAGAGAUGAGAAUCAAGAAAUUAUCCAAAAAAGCAGUCUGAUUCCUCACAUUUUGGACAUAAAGAAUCAAGAGAUUCCAAAGAGAAAACGCAGCCAACGUAAAAGAAAUCCCAAGGAACCAAAAAAGAACUCCGACUCAAGUCAAGGCGAGAGAAGAGAAGGAAAGGAAAGCGCUUGUGACCAAAUCGAGAGUGAUACUGAAGCGGAAGAAGAUAAUGAUGCUGAUAAACCGACGGAGGAAGAAGAAAAGAGUAUCUCUGAAGCUGAUUUGAACCAAACCGUAUUGGGAGCUGAUACUGCUAAUGAAGAGAUUGUUUCCGAAUCGGAAGAUUCUCUUCCUCUUCUCGAAGUGGCUGAGACUGAGGAGGAGGAGGAUGUUUCUGAAUCGGAAGAUUCUCUUCCUUGUCUUGAAGAAUCUGAGACAGAGGAGGAGGAGGAUGUUUCUGAUGCAUCUAGCUGCAACUGGUGGAGUUUCAAGACACAACCUCGUACUUGUGAAAGGAUAAGAAAUGUUCGAUGGAGAAACAAAAAGAAGAGAAACUGCAUGACAGUAGAGGAAACACAGAGUAACCGCAAGAUCCUUCUUCUUGCUGUUUAA